AUGUCCGGCCGUUUUCCCUAUUUCGCCAAAGGUCAAGUCACCAAAGGCUUCGGCAGGGGCUCCAAGAAAUUGGGCUGCCCCACCGCUAAUCUGCCCCCCGAAGUGGUGAACGAAUUACCCGAUGACUUCGGCACGGGAGUUUACUACGGAUUGGCCCGAGUGGCCGGGGACAAAGUUCGAAAAAUGGUGAUGAGCAUCGGAUGGAAUCCCUACUUCAAAAACGAAAAGAAAUCCAUGGAGGUGCAUAUAAUGCACAAAUUCGAUGAGGAUUUCUACGGGAAGGAGCUGAAAAUCGCUAUAUUGGGGUACAUCAGGCCGGAGAGGAACUUCGAUUCCAUGGAUUCCUUGAUAGAAGCCAUUAGAAAUGAUAUAAAAGAAGCUGAAGAGAAGCUGGAGGAAGAACGGAACAAGGUCUUCGUAAACCAUCGGUUUUUUUAG